AUGCUAGCUUCUCUGCUCCGCCCAAAAGCACGGCGCCAGCAGACUGACCAGACUCCCUUUUCCUUCUCGUCACCGCUAGCACCCAGCGACAGCUCCCCAUGGUUUCGAGCGGCAGGCCGUCGAGGCGCACGACGCGCACGCCGGGGCGAAGACAGUGACGACGAACACGCGCCAGAGCUCGAGGACAUUGACGAGGAUGGGGACCACGACUGGGUUGGGGAGGAGGAUGAAGACGAUCACGAAGACGAGGGUCCCCUCGAUACAACGCCGCUCCUCCCCAUAUUCUCUGCCUCGCAUCUCGAUGCCCUCCCCGUGUACAACCUCACACAUGCCAUUCGCCCGCUGAUCGCCUCCCGAUGUGAAACCACAUUGACCUGGGACCAGCUGCGUUCCCCGCAGGUGUCGCAGUUCCUGGUCAAGCCCAUCCAGCAGAAGAUCAUGUCCGCCCACUUCUCGCGAGCCACGCUCUAUGCCUUGAUGGCCAACUGCUUGCAGUUUGAAAAGGAGAUCCAUCUUAACCCGGGAAACAGCGGUGCCAGUCAAACGCGGGCAAUGGUCAGUGAGCUGCUUGCGAUUAAGCUGCUAAGAGAAUACACAACCCGGGAAUUGAUCGAUGCCCUGUCCUACGAGUUUUACCCCCUUCAGGGUCAAGAUCCGACCACGGCAUGGGCAUCGGGUCGCCAAGGCAAGCGAUUAGCGGGGACGGGUCGCGUAUCCUGCCUCGAGGUCGCCAUUCGAGCUCAGGCAAAGCGGUUCCUGGCCCAUCCGGUGGUGGUGCAGCAAUUGGAGGCGAUCUGGGCUGGAACGAUUGUCUUCCACUCGGCCGCUGACCAUUUGCACCGGCGGGCUCAUCAAGCCGCUGGAGGAAGGGGCUAUGGAACUUCAACGGAUUACAAUGGCGACCGGGUACCUUCAUCAGGAAACGCGACGUUCCGUCGAUCAGUGACUCUAUACAACCCGCGAGAUGCUUCACUGUUCAAACUUUCCCGAUUGCGAGUACCGCGUUAUCGCCAAUUCUUGUCCACGCUUUCGUUUGCAGUACUGCUAGGCCUGUUUUUGGCAGUUCUCCAACAACGCAGUCGUCAGAUUACAUCGCUCGAGGUCAUCUUCUGGUUCUGGAGUGCGGGCUUCAUGCUCGAUGAGAUCGUUGGAUUCAACGAGCAGGGCUUCAGCUUGUAUCUGAUGAGCUUCUGGAAUUUGUUCGAUUUGGGCAUCUUGCUACUGCUGGUCUGCUACUAUUGCCUCCGGAUUUAUGGGACAUUUUUGACCUACCCGAGAAAUCGCCAGGUUGCUAACCAGGCGUACGACGUUCUGGCUGCCAAUGCUGUGCUCCUGUUCCCUCGGCUCUUUUCAAUCCUCGAUCACUACCGCUACUUCUCGCAACUGCUGAUUGCCUUCCGUAUCAUGGCCUCCGAUCUAAUCGCGGUCUUCGUUUUGAUUGUCAUUGCCUGCAGUGGCUUCUUCGUCGCCUUCUUGUCCUUUGGAUCGGACAACUCUCCCAAGACCGUGGCCUACGGCUUGUUCCAGAUGCUCAUGGGAUUCACUCCCACCGCAUGGGCAAUGUGGGAUGAAUACAAUUUGCUUGGCAAGAGCAUUCUAACAGUCUUUCUCUUCAUCUGUCACUUCGUGGUGGUCACCAUUCUUAUCACCGUGCUCACAAAUUCCUUCAUGAGGAUCGUGCAGAAUGCCAACCAGGAGCACCAAUUCCUGUUUGCUGUCAAUACAAUCUCGAUGGUCAAAUCAGAUGCUCUCUUCUCUUACGUGGCCCCGACCAAUAUCAUCGCCUGGCUAGUCACACCGUUUAGGUGCCUCAUGCCAUUCCGCCAGUUCAUUCGACUGAAUCGGACGAUCAUCAAGAUCACUCACCUCCCGGUUCUAUUCACAAUAUGUUUCUACGAAAAGAUGAUCUUGAGCUCCCGAGUAGUCGAGCCCAUGGAUCUUGUUGAGUCAACGCCCCAUGAGGGGACCCCAGGGCAAGCUGAAGCUUGGCGACCAGGCCGAUUCCGCGCCUUCAGCAAUCGGGCUCGUCUCGUGCGAGAACCCUCCGUUGCAACAUAUCAGAAGGAUCAGGCGCUCGAGGAGGUGUUCCGACGACCAUUUGGAGAUAAUCGGUUAGGCGAGCGCCCAAGCACCAUGCGGGAUCGGCAGAAAAGUACCGUCAUCAAAGAUUGGAUGCAGGAGAUUGGCUCUGGUCCGGCUCAUACUCCAGAUGAGCAGGACUCGGCUGCAGGUGAUCUUCUAGAGAUGCCAGUCCGACGGCUGCGGUUCCCAUUCCGAAAGUCCUUGGCAGUUUAUGGACGAAACUUUACGGAAACGACUCGUUCUGUGGCAUCCAACCCGGAAGAUCGAACCAGCCGUAUUGCCAGCCCCGUUUUCCAACGACAUGGGCGAGACUCAAUUUCGCCCAGUCGCACCCGACAGCUCUCUCAUCACACCGAUAUGGAAGGCGAUGAUGAGCUUACCAGUGACGACGACCAUGAAUCCCAUGGCAAACAUUCCGACAAGGGUUCUGGUAGUGAUGAUGAUGAGGCAAACCCGGGCCUCAACAGCGAGAAAACCACACCCAAAUUCUACAGCUCUCGGCCGUCCACGGCACGUAUCAUAUCCCGUCGUGGCAGUCCUACCCGCCGCCCCAAACACAGUCGAACCGUCUCGGGUGCCACCAUGCUCUACAAUCCCAUCGGCUCACCAAACUUGGGAACCGAGGGGCAAACGACGCCUCCGAGAGAUGAUAACACCUCUUCAGCGGACGAAGAUCGUCUGCCCCUCGUAUCUACAUCCGUGGACCGAGGCACGAUCAAUCGGACCGCUCUUGCCCGCAAUCUGAGCAUGAACCCGAUGUCCGUCCCUGAAAUUGACGGGCUUUACUUGUCGGAUCGGCCUCUCUCGAAGCGUCGCCAACGGUCACUGCUCUUUGACCUCGGGUCCGACUUGGGCGACAAUAAGGCCGUCGCCGGGGCCUUUGGCGGUGCUGUCCCAUCCAGCUUCAAUACACAGCUGGCAUUUGCCACGGGAGGCCUCCGUCGUGACGGGCCUAGUCAAGCGCAAACACAGGACAUGCUUAGCAAGCUUGUUCUUGCUCGAAUGAACAAUAUCGAAGAGGGCUUCCGGGAGGUGAUUAAAGAGGUCAAAGAUCUCCGCCUGGCUGGGUCCAGCCGCAGUCGUAGCCAUAGCCGCAGCCGCACCAAGGAGAUUCGCCCCGUUGCUCGAGAGAAGAAGAAACUUGCCGAGAAGAAGGAUCCUAAAAAGAGGAGACCUAAUUCUUCUGAAGAGAACCCGGUUGGCCGUGUAGGGUCACUGGCCAAUGAGUCCCGCCCGCCGGAUGAUACCCAGUAA